CCAUCCAUGUCACUGCUGGAAAUGGAUGGGAACAUGUCGGUGUAGCUGCAGGGUGCUGUCAUCAGAUUAGGGGGGCUUGCCAUUGUACUGAUCAGUGUUGUGGAUGUCUCUUGUCACAGGAGAGAAGAUGUCGGGACAGACGCUGACAGAUCGCAUUGCGGCCGCACAGUACAGUGUCACAGGAUCGGCCGUGGCCAGGGCAGUAUGCAAGGCGACCACUCAUGAGGUCAUGGGGCCAAAGAAGAAGCACCUGGACUAUUUGAUACAAGCUACUAAUGAGACAAAUGUGAAUAUUCCUCAGAUGGCAGACACAUUGUUUGAACGAGCAACAAAUAGCAGCUGGGUAGUUGUGUUUAAAGCCUUAAUCACAACUCAUCAUUUAAUGGUGCAUGGAAACGAGAGAUUCAUCCAGUAUCUGGCCUCUCGGAACACACUAUUUAACCUAAGCAACUUUUUGGACAAAAGUGGAUCACACGGUUAUGACAUGUCAACGUUUAUUAGGCGCUACAGUAGAUAUCUCAAUGAAAAAGCCUUCUCCUACAGACAGAUGGCAUUUGACUUUGCCAGAGUAAAAAAGGGAGCUGAAGGGGUGAUGAGGACCAUGGUACCAGAAAAGCUACUAAAGGGCAUGCCUAUACUACAAGGACAGAUUGAUGCUUUGCUGGAGUUUGACGUUCAUCCAAAUGAACUGACAAAUGGAGUUAUAAAUGCUGGAUUUUUGCUUCUUUUUAAAGACCUCAUCAAACUUUUUGCUUGUUAUAAUGAUGGCAUUAUUAAUUUAUUGGAGAAAUUUUUUGAAAUGAAGAAAAGUCAGUGUAAAGAUGCUCUAGAAAUCUAUAAGCGAUUUCUGACGAGAAUGACAAGGGUUUCAGAAUUCAUGAAGGUUGCUGAGCAAGUUGGCAUUGACAAAGGAGACAUUCCUGACCUUACACAGGAUGGUACCAUCGAUGAACCGGCUCCCAGCAGUCUCAUGGAAACUCUGGAGCAACAUUUAAAUACACUGGAAGGAAAGAAAGGCAGCAGUGACGGCUCUGGAUCACCCGUGGGCAAGUCUUCACCGGCUACUACAGUCACAUCACCAAACACUACACCAUCAAAAACUGUAGACACAUGCCCGCCUGUUGACCUUUUCUCAACCCCAAGUACAGCAUCUCCUAUAUGUUCAGCUAAACUCUCAAAUGAUCUUUUGGAUCUACAACCAGAUUACACCUCCACAGGUGGGGCAGCUGCUCCUGCAGGUGCUAGUGCAUGGGGUGAUCUUUUGGGCGAGGACUCUCUUUCUGCACCUUCUACAUCUCUUAUCUCAGAGGCUCCUCAGCUGUCUGACCCAUUUUCAGCUGAGCCCAGUGCCCUUACUGCUGCUCCCACUGAAACUCCAGCUCCUAAUGUGUGUCCCGCUCCUGCGUCUAUUAGUACUGCCAGUGCUGAGGUCGAUCUUUUUGGAGAUGCCUUUGCUGCUUCUCCCGGGGAAGCACCUGCAACACUAGAUGGGGCUGCAGCGCCUCCCACCCCUGUCCCUGUUGCAGCGGCCCUUGAUGCAUGCUCUGGACACGACCCCUUUGCCCCAUCCGAAGGUAGUGCAGAAGCUGCUCCUGAACUGGACCUUUUUGCUUUGAAGCCAGCUGAAAGCAGUACUCCUGUAGUUACCCCUACUACCACUGCAGCUGCCGCUAGUGCUGCUCUUGCAACUACUCCUUCUCCUCUUCCUCCUACACCUGCUACAGCAGUUGCUCCUACUACUACCACUACUACUACUACAACAGCUGCUACUACCACUACCACCGCUGCCACAGCAUCUGCCAGCACUACCACAGCAACUACUGCUGCUCCUGCUCUAGAUAUCUUUGGUGAUUUGUUUGAGUCUGUUUCGGAGGUGGCUGCUGCUCCUAAGCCAGAUGUUACACCUAGCAUAGACCUGUUUGGCACAGAUGCUUUCUCAUCCCCACCGCAUGGGGCUUCUCCUGUGCCUGAGACUUCCCUCACUGGAGACCUCUUGUCUGUGGAUGCAUUUGCAGCUCCAUCCCCUUUGCCUACUGCUUCACCUGCAAAGAUUGAGUCUUCAGCUGUGCUCGACUUAUUUGGAGAUGCUUUUGAAAGUGUAGCUGAAUCACAGCCUCCAACGUUGGCCCCUACUGGUACAUCCUCUUCUGCAGAUCUGUUGGCUGGAUUUGGAGGGUCUUUUAUCAGUCCAACUCCUGCACCAAUUGCCCCAGCACAGAAUAACCUCAUUCAAUCUGGCUUUGAUGCAGCAUUUGGAGCCAGUCAGCCUGCUUCUGCCUCUUCCCCUGCUGCAGCUCCGGCUCCUUCAUCAACAGGCGGCAGCUCUUUUGAUACAUCAGUAUUUGAUGGCCUAGGAGAUCUUCUUAUUCCCACCAUGACCCCUUCUUCGCAGACCCCAUCAUCUCCCCUCGCAUCAGGAAAUAAUGUCAGUGGCUCCAACAGAGGUCUCGUUAGUGACCUUGAUUCUUCUCUUGCAAGCUUAGUUGGUAAUCUUGGAAUUUCUGCCACCCCUGGUAAAAAGGGAGAUCUUCAGUGGAAUGCAGGAGAAAAAAAACUCACAGGUGGUGCCAACUGGCAGCCAAAGGUAGCUCCAGCAACAUGGGCAACCGGUGGUUCAUCAACUGCUAAUAUGCAAGGAACUGUUCCUCCAGGAAGUGGGGGACCGUCAUCAACAACUACUUCCAGUGCACAGCCAGCAGCAACAGCAGCAGCAGCAUCUGGGUUUGGUCUAGCUUCAUCAGGGACAGGGGUACCAAUGAUGCCCCAACAGCCAAUGAUGUAUGGCCAGCCUAUGAUUAGGCCGUCAUUUGCUGGAGCUUCUGUUCCUGGUGCUCCGCUAUCUCCAAGUCUGACUCCUGCUUCACAGAGCCCCAAAAAAACCCCACCAAAGGAUCCCUUAGCAGAUCUGAACAUUAAGGACUUCUUGUAAACUUGUAAGAUGCUGUUUUUUUGACAUGAGAAAUGUGAGUCUGGAGCCUUUGAAGAACAGAUUGCUGCUCAGAGUUUCAAAGUGAGCCACCAGUACCAAACCCAGUGCUUAGUUUUAUCUCUUCUGAAACGCGUAGCACAGCUGUGAAAGUAACCAUUAGAUUGUGUAUUAACCUUAGCAGUUACCCGCUACUAUAUAUCAUAUAUUUUGUUUUUUGUUUCUUUUUCUUUUCGUGUAUCUUGGUUUUCUGUGUUUUUCCAAUUUUCCAUGAGUGGAUGUGAGUUCCCCAUGCCUUCAAACGCUUUUCUGGUCCUACCUGGUGGGGGCAGAACACGCAGCUGUUUGUGUGCUGAGCAGUCUUGAGCGAUGUCUGUGUUUUAUGACUGUUUUGAUGUAUAUAAUGUUUGGACAUCCUCUGUUUCUUCUAUGAAAUAUUGUGUGAUCACACCAGAAAAACACUCCAAUACAACCCUUUUGUUUUGUGUCUGUGUGAGAAUUAACCCACAGGCCUAUCAGCUGUGAAAGCAAACAGUUUUUUUUGUGGUACUUUAUAUGUUUAUUUAUAAUUUAAAAGAUAUCUGAAAAAAAUCUCUCCACAUAUGUAAAUAUGUACUCCUAGGACUAUAAAUCAUAUCAGAAAUAUAUUUAUCUUUUUGUUUUUAAAUUUAAGUAUACAUAUAUUUUCAUUUAUUUUAUUUUUUUUGGAAGCAAGACUAGCAUACUCAUCCAUUUUCAAAAAAAUGCACUUAAGUAUUUAUUGUAGUUGCAGCAGGAUAAUAAGGUUUAUGUGGAGUGUUUCUUGUCAAAAAAUGCAAACUUAUGUAUUUAAUUUUUUUUUUUUCACAUUUUAAGUUUUAUUGUACAUUCUUGUUUUGUGUUCAUUUUUAGCAUGUUUUUUUUUUCUGAGUUUAUGGUGGGUAGUUUUUGUACUGUUUGUGGCUGAACUUCAUGCAGAUCUCUAUGGUCUAUGGUCUGCCCCUCUGUACAUAAUUUUUUUUUUGUUUUUUAUUUUUUGUUUUGCUUUGUUUUUUUUUUUGUUUUGUUCCCCACACUUAACUUUUGUGCUGACAGCUUGGCUUUAAGGUUUUGGUGCAUACAAACAAGGUCACUGUUGAUCAGUGUUACAAGUGGCUUGGCAGCUGUCUGUAAGAGUUCAUUGGAUAGGGAUUAUGUUCACCUGUUGUAAGUCUUAACAUUUAAUUAUUUGAUGGUUGUAUCUGAAUUUACUGUGGGGAUAAUAUACACUCUAAAUGAGGAUAAAAAUAUUUACAAUUUCAAAAUGGCUAUCCUUUGUAUCUUGGUUAAAAAACCCAGUGCAUGUAUGCCCUGUGAGAUGCAAUAAACACCUUGAACAGAAGCAAAUGAAAACUAAA